AUAAAUUCGGCGCCCCAAACCCUAGCCGCCUGAUGCUCUUCGUCCCGCGCCAAGUCGCACUCGCUGUCGCCGCAGCCGCCAUGUCCAAGGAGGAGGCCAAGAAGGAGAAGAAGAGCAAGAGCAAGGCGGCGGCGAAGGGCUCCGCCGCCGCCGCCCCCGACGCGAGGGCCGUGGUGGUCGCCUCUGUCGGGGCGUUCCUCGAGGCCGGCGGGUUCCCGCGUGCGCUCGCCGCUCUCCAGUCUGAGGCCAACCUCGAGGCGAGUGCUUGGAGGUCGUCACCAGUGAGCCUGGAAGAUUUGGUCUCCAAAUUCUUGGAAUCGAGCGAUUGCACUCCGGUAGCCGUCACUGCGGGAAGUGAUGGGAAAGAUAAAACAACUGACAGUGCAGCAGAAGAAGCUGACAAGAAGAAGAAGAAGAAGGGUGGUGCCACAGAAGUGAAGGAAGCCGAGAAUAAUGUGAGUGCGCCUUCUGCUAUCCAAGAAGACGAAACCAGGGAGAAGAAAAAGAAGAAGAAGAAAGGUGGUGCGGAGGCUAGUGAGUCUGAGAGCAAGGCGUGUGAGCCUUCUGCCCAGGAAAAGCCCAGUGAGAAUGCAGGCAGUGAGACCAAAGAAAAGAAAAAGAAGGAUGGCUCUUCAGUGGUGAAUGCUGGUAGUGGUGAAGCAAAUGAAACAGUGAAGAGUGAUGAUCAGAAGCUUGAUGGCAAGAAGAAGAAAAACAAGAAGCGGACAAAGGAUGAUGAUGUUGAGGCUAGGCUGGAAAAGGUGGAAUUAGUGAUUAACAACAAGUUUGAGGCAGCAGAGAAACUCAAAGAGGAUGGCAAUAAAUCGAGGGAGGAAGAACCAAAAAGUCAAAACGAUGAUGCUGACAAGAACAGUCUUGGCAAUGGUGCCCUGGAUAAAGCGAAGAAAAAGAAGAAAGGAAAAUCAGCUACCGAGACAUCAGAGAAGACUGAUGCAGUAGCUGCACCUGCUGAGGAUGAUGGUGCCAAUGGGAAGAGUGAUGCUGUAGAAACAGUAAAGGAUGGCAAUGAGAAAAAGGCUAAAAAGAAGCGAAAGAAGUCUGAUUCUGAAGAAAAUGUUCAUGUAGAAGGUAAAGAAGUUGCGGGGAAAGAUUCAGUUCCAAAAGCGGAUGAUGAGAACAAGAGUGGAAUGGAGAUCGAAGGCGAAAAUGGAAGGCCUUCAAGUGAGAAUGCAGUUGUUGGCAAAAAGCGGAAACUAGAAGAAGUCGAGGGAAGUAUCCCCCCUGCGAAAGAAAAUAGCGCAACCAACCCGAGUCUCAGCAAUGGUUUUGCCGAGGAUAAUACAAAGGAGGACAGCACCAUAAAACCAAGUAAAAGGCAGAAACAUUCAUCUGAACCUAAAACGGUGAAUGCGUUUCAACGGGUGAAGAUAGAGGAUGUCAAAUUUGCUGAUGAAAGACUUCAGGAUAAUUCAUAUUGGGCCAAGAGUGGUGCAGAAUCUGGUUAUGGUGCGAAGGCACAAGAGGUCCUUGGUCAAGUCAGAGGAAGGGGAUUUAGGCACGAGAAGACCAAGAAGAAGCGUGGAACCUACAGGGGCGGGCAAAUUGAUUUGCAAACCCACUCAAUUAAGUUCAAUGAUUCAGAUGAUGAGUAAUUUUGCAUCUCCAAGAUCCUCCACCGUUCACCAUUUUUGCGGGCAUUGCCUGAUACCUGAUCAGUCUCGCUGAAAGAAUUUUGAGGUCAUGGAUGCUGUGGUAAAGCAGAAAGGCAUGAGACUGAUGUACCAUUUUGCCACUGCUAAUGCCGAUGUAAAAGACUAAUUUCAUAGUAUGAUUUUACUUGUGUUGUGCCUUCA